GGAAAGCAGGCGGACGGGCGAUGAGCUGUCUGGGUUUGCACGCAGGGUGCGGCGAAGAAUCAAUAUCAAUGGGCUUCCGGGUAAGGCAAAAGGGCCCAAUCCCCUUCUGAAUUUGCCACGUGCGCCGCGCGGCCAGGCCGUCGUCGCCCCUUCUUUCAAGCAACGCCCAUCCCUUCACUCCACCCUUUCUCCACUUUUCCAUCUCCGCUUCUCCGAUCCGUUCAACCAUGGCGUCGGCUGCCUCAGAGAGGCUCGAGCUCGCGAAUCUGUGCAGGUCCAAGGACUGGUCCAAGGCCAUCCGCGUUCUUGAUUCUAUCCUCUCUCAGUCCUGCGCCAUUCAAGACAUCUGCAAUAGAGCCUUCUGCUACAGCCAAUUGGAGCUUCACAAGCACGUGAUCAAGGACUGCGACAAGGCCCUUCAGCUUGACCCCACACUACUUCAAGCUUACAUCCUGAAAGGUCAUGCAUUUUCUGCCUUGGGUAGAAAAGAGGAUGCUAUUUUGGUUUGGCAGCAAGGCUUUGAAUAUGCUACUCGUCAGUCUGCAGAUUUGAAGCAAAUGCUAGAAUUGGAAGACCUUUUGAAAAUCGCAAAGCAAGACAGAAGCAUUACAUUUGAAAACCAUGUCAUGGAGUCAUCGGGAUCAUCUAUGUCUGUUUGUGAAUCAGGACCUCAUAACUCUAGCAAUUCAAUUGACGUGCAAAAAAUUAAUAGUAAGUUGAUUGGUAAGUCUGAAUCAUGCAGCGAAUCAAAUGGUCUGUCUGAGAUCUGCAGCAAGCCAAGUGAUCGAUCUUCUGUUCUGAAUGAGUUAGCCGAUACUGUCAAGCGUGAUAAGAAUUAUGAUGUCCAAUCAAACGGAACUUAUAGUGUUUCCGAUAAAUUGGGUGAUAAGGCUCAUUUAUGUAGUCAGUUAAGCAAAGCAUCUGAGCAUAAAUCAGCAGUGAUUUGCAGCAAAUCAAGUGAUUCACUUGAGACAAUCAGCAACUCAAAUUAUUUAUCUGAGAUACAUGAUGUAUUAAAUGAUGAAACCAAGAAGAGUAAAAAAUUUUGUGUCACUAGGAUUUCAGAAACCAAGUCAAUAAGUGUGGAUUUCCGAUUAUCGAGGGGUAUAGCACUGGUAAAUGAAGGAAAAUAUCCCCAAGCCUUAUCAAUAUUUGAUCAGAUACUCAAAGAGGACCCCUCUUAUCUUGAGGCACUUAUAGGAAGAGGGACAGCAUAUGCAUUCCAACGACAACUUGAUGAUGCCAUGGCUGAUUUUACGAAGGCUGUACAAUCAAACCCAUGUGCUUGUGAAGCAUGGAAACGGAGAGGACAGGCCCGAGCUGCCGUGGGGAAAUAUGUUGAGGCCAUUGAAGACUUGACCAAGGCAUUAGAGUUUGAGCCAAACUCGGCAGAUACUUUACACGAAAGAGGCAUUGUUAAUUUCAAGCACAAGCAUUUUGAUGCUGCUAUAGAAGACCUAUCUCUGUGUGUGAAGCUUGAUAAAGAUAAUAAAUCUGCUUACACACAUUUGGGCUUGGCAUUAUCUUCAGUUGGUGAAUAUGCAAGGGCAAAGGAGGCACAUAUGAAAUCUAUUCAGCUUGAUCAAAAUUUCGUUGAGGCAUGGGCUCAUUUAACUCAGUUUUAUUAUGAUCUGGCAAAUCCCACGAAGGCUUUGGAAUGCCUUCAGCAAAUUCAAAAAAUUGAUGAGAGGUAUGUAAAAGCAUAUUUCUUGCGUGGGGUACUCUUCCAUGGGAUGGGCGAGCACCGGAAUGCUAUCAGGGGUUUAUCAAAGGGGCUGAGAAUUGACAAGUCAAACAUUGAGUGUCUGUAUUUACGAGCUUCCUGCUACCAUGCUAUUGGAGAAUACGCAGAAGCGGUGAAGGAUUAUGAUGCUGCUUUGGGUUUGGAACUAGACACAAUGGAAAAGUUUGUGCUCCAAUGCUUGGCUUUUUAUCAGAAAGAAAUUGCAUUGUAUACCGCUUCAAAGAUUCACAGUGAGUUUUGCUGGUUUGACAUUGAUGGAGAUAUUGAUCCUCUCUUUAAGGAGUACUGGUGCAAAAGAUUGCACCCGAAGAAUGUAUGUGAAAAGGUUUUCAGACAGCCUCCCCUGCGUGAUUCUUUGAAAAAGGGUAAGCUUAGAAAGCAGGAUUUUGCUGUUACAAAGCAAAAGGCUACUCUUCUUCAGGUUUCAGACACUAUUGGCAAGAAGAUCCAAUAUAAUUGUCCGGGCUUCUUACCCAAUAGGCGUCAGCAUCGUAUGGCAGGAUUAGCUGCUAUUGAGAUUGCACAAAGGGUCUCAAAGGCUUGGCGUUCUCUGCAAGCAGACUGGAAAUAUUCAAAUAAAAGCACAUCAAAGUAUGGAAAGAAAGCCCGGAGAAAGGAGAAAAUCAUUAUGCUCAGCCAGAAUAGAGGUGGUGCCUGUUGUAGUACUAGCAGUUCCUCAGAGACGUCAACUUCCUAUGGUGUCACAGAAGACAGAUCAUCUGGCCGUUCCUUUAUGUCAUGGCAAGAUGUUUAUUCAAUAGCUGUUAAAUGGAGACAGAUAUCUGAACCUUGUGACCCAGUUGUGUGGGUUAACAGGUUAAGUGAAGAGUUCAAUUCUGGAUUUGGAUCUCACACGCCAAUGAUUCUUGGACAAGCAAAAGUUGUUCGCUACUUUCCAAACUAUCAGAGAACAUUACAUGUUGCUAAAAUUGUCAUGAAGGAAAAGAUGCGUGUGUACAACAAGGAAGAUAAAAUUAUUGAUCUAUCCCAAGAUGGGAAGAUACAAGACAUAAUGCUAGCAGACUCCUGCUCUGAUCUUUACAGAAUCAUUGGUGAGGACUUCUGGUUGGCUACUUGGUGUAACAGUACAGCAGUUGAGGGGAAGCAGCUUGAAGGGACAAGGAUUACUCUAGUAAAACUGGGAGAAUGUGGAUUUGACUUCGCAAUUACAACACCUUGUACACCUUCUAGAUGGGAUGAUUUUGAUGCAGAAAUGACAAUGGCAUGGGAAGCUUUAUGCAAUGCUUAUUGUGGUGAAACUUAUGGAUCAACUGAUCUUAGCGAGCUUGAAAAUGUGAGCAAUGCAAUUUUGAGGAUGACAUUUUACUGGUACAAUUUUAUGCCAUUGUCAAGAGGUUCAGCUGCUGUUGGAUUUGUAGUUUUGCUUGGACUAUUUCUGGCUGCUAAUAUGGAGUUCACUGGGAGCAUCCCACAAGGUUUGCAGGUGGACUGGGAAGCAAUUCUCGACUUUGAUCCAGACUCCUUUGUGGAUUCUGUAAAGAGUUGGUUGUAUCCAUCUCUCAAAGUUCCACCAUCUGGGAAGGUAGAGUAUCCAGAUGUGGCAUCCACUUUCCCAACGACGGGAUCAGUUGUUGCUGCUCUAAGCUCUUAUGAUGACUGAGCCUUCUAAGGAAAUUGGAGAGAAGGGCAGCUGCGUUAUUAGGUCUGUUGAAAUAUUAGGGGACCUUUUCAUGCCCCCCUUCAAAUGAAGUCAUUCCAUUUUUUCCCCAUGGCAUUUGACGGCUCAGAUCCAUCCUUCAGCCUAUUAACAAAUUAUGAUAGAGAUCCUUACAGAAAGUUGAAGAUAUAAUAACAAUGAUAAUUAUGAAUCCAUUUCUUGUGCAUAAAUACGAAAUAAUCAAGUGCCUUGUACUUUGAAGAACACUUCAUUUCUGAUGCAAUGAAGUGUGAACACAGCAGAAUAUUCAUAUUUCCAUGGAGCGUUGCAGUGGUUCCACCCAAAUUAUGUGCUGGCUUUCUGAAAUUUAACCCUGGUGCAGAACGUUUUAAGGAGCCAAACAUAUUCUGAGCAGUUGAUCUCUAAGCUUGUUACUCUGUUGAAUCCUGGACUACUGUAGAAUACCUGGAUCAUCUCUUAGACAAGAUUCCAUCUUCUCGCCAUCUUAAAUUUUAACAAGCUUGUAAUGCAUGUUGUAUAUUGGUGUAUCGUGUUGUAUCUCUGGGUUGAAAUUACAGUCCUUUUUGUCCCCAGUUAUUUUCCAUUGACUUGGGAUUUUCAUCUCAUAUAUAUAUAUAUAUUAUCAAAGUUCAGCUUGUGGUUUUUACAA